AUGUCUUUCAAAUACAAUCGAUUAGACAAAGACAAAGCUGCUGUACUUUUUGUCGAUCAUCAAUCCGGCCUUCUUUCCUUGGUACGCGAUUACAGUCCAGAUGAAUUCAAAAAUAAUCUCUUGGCAUUAGCUGAUAUCGCAAAAUACUUUAAAUUACCAGUGAUACUUACAACCAGUUUUGAACAAGGACCCAAUGGACCAAUGGUGCCAGAAUUGAAAAACAUGUUUCCUGAUGCGCCUUAUUUCGCCCGACCAGGACAAAUCAAUGCAUGGGAUAAUGAAGAUUUUGUGAAAGCUGUUAAAGCAACUGGUCGUAAACAAUUGAUCAUUGCUGGCAUUGUAACUGAUGUUUGUGUUGCAUUUCCAACAUUAUCAGCUUUAGAAGAAGGUUUUGAGGUAUUUGUCGUUACGGAUUGUAGUGGAACAUUCAAUGCAGCUGUACGUGAUGCUGCAUGGUUAAGAAUGCAAAAUGCUGGUGCACAGUUAGUUAAUUGGUUUGCAGCUGGAUCUGAAUUACAGCGUGAUUGGCGAAAUGAUGUUGAAGGUUUCGGAAAAAUACUUGGUGAUCAUUUACCAAUCUAUGCUAAUUUAAUUCAAAGUCAUAGUUCAGUGAAACCACAAAAGUAA